AUGCCACUGAUAGUAGUCAUCGAAGGUGGAGCAUCUGCUCCACUUCAGUUUCACAUCGCAAGAGCACCACGCCCCGUUCGAAGGGCCAAUAGCUGGCGGCACCAGCGCAUACUUUACAGAUUAUCGUAUCAUAGUCUCGAGAAUUUAGGAACAUCACCGAGCAAAUCAAACAGAAGCCUUCACAGACAAUUUAUUCUACCGCGCGUUCCUUCGGUCGGAUCCAUGCGACCAGAAGAUUUUUAUCGGCAGUUGGCGCUUGGUGCCUGGAACUCACUACAGCAAGGGAAAUAUAUCAAUGAAGCAAAUGGCGGUAUGAAUUUGCCAACUGCAUCUUGUCUUUGGGCAAGUGACAUGAGAUUUAACUAUCAUCGUAUUAGAUGUGACGCUAUGAUACAGCAGGCAGUACAUCAGUGCUCAGUGCUGAAAAUAAAUGUCAAGAGGGACCAUUGA